UUAACUAGCUAGGAAAUUCGUCCAAUUCCAUUCCAUUGUGUGCUCAACUGUUUCUCUGUUAUUUCUUCUCUUUGCUUCUGUUCGAGAAGGGUGAAAAAUGAGUUCAACACAGGGGGGAUCCCAUUCAUUAGCAUUUAGGGUAAUGAGAUUAUGUAGACCAUCAUUUCAAAUCGAAAGUCCUCUUCUUGUUGACCCAAUUGAUUUACUUACUGGUGAAGAUCUAUUUGAUGAUCCAAUUGCUUCUUCUAGUCUAUCUCGACUAUUCCCUUCAUCUAAUCUUACCAAUAACAAAUCAAAUGAAUCAGAUCUCUCUUAUCGUCAUCGGUUUCAGCUUCAAAAUCCUUCCGAUUCCAUGGGUCUUUCUGGUCUUCUUGUUCUUCCUCAAGCUUUUGGGGCAAUUUAUCUAGGAGAGACGUUUUAUAGUUAUAUCAGUAUCAAUAACAGUUCUGAAUAUGAAGUCCGAGAUGUUGUUAUUAAGGCUGAAAUACAAACAGAAAAGCAGCGAAUACUGCUUUUAGAUACUUCAAAAUCACCUGUAGAGACAAUACGAGCAGGGGGUCGAUAUGAUUUCAUUGUGGAACAUGAUGUCAAGGAACUUGGUGCACACACGCUGGUAUGCACUGCUCUGUAUAAUGAUGGUGAAGGCGAGCGCAAGUAUCUACCUCAGUUUUUUAAGUUUAUUGUUGCUAACCCACUUUCAGUACGAACAAAGGUUCGCAUUGUCAAGGAAAACACGUAUUUGGAAGCUUGCAUUGAAAACCAUACAAAGUCAAGCCUUUACAUGGACCAAGUCGAUUUUGAGCCUACUCAGAAUUGGAGUGCAACAAUACUGAAAGCUGAUGAGCAUCAUUCAGAAGUGGAUUGUAGCACAAGAGAUAUUUUUAAGCAACCUGUUCUCAUCAAAGCUGGGGGAGGAAUUCACAAUUUUCUCUAUCAGCUUAAGCAGUCCUCAGAUGGGCCUGCACAAAUUAAAGUUGAAGGUAGCAAUACUCUUGGUAAGCUUCAGAUAACAUGGCGUACGAAUUUGGGUGAACCUGGCCGUCUGCAAACACAACAUAUUCUUGGAAGUCCCUUCGCACGUAAAGAGAUUGAAUUGCAGAUUGUGGAGGUUCCUUCUGUCACCCUCUUGGAAAAACCGUUUGUGGUAAGGUUAACCCUCACAAAUCAUUUGGAUAGGAAAAUGGGCCCCUUCGAAAUUUUCUUAUCGCGACGGGAUCUUCAAGAGGAGAAAGCUGUUAUGGUUAAUGGUGCGCGGACUCUGGCAAUACAGCAGGUGGAAGCAUUGAGCUCCGUGGAAUUCAACCUGAAUCUAAUUGCUGCUAGAGUUGGGGUUCAAAAAAUCAGAGGAAUUACAUUAGUAGACCAUGGUGAUAACAGAACGUAUGAUCCUGUUCCAGACUAUGAGAUAUUUGUGGAUUUAGAUUGAUUCAAAUAUCUGCUUCCUAGGUUUGGAGGAUUUGACUUUCUUGGAGGUGUGGUCUCCCUGUUAGUUUGUGUAUGGAUUGAUGUUCUGUCUAAGCUCAUUCAUGGAUCAAUCAGGGUUCUCCUUAACUCUCUUGAUGAUUUGCACUUCCUUCUUUCAUGAAUUUGUGAACACGGCAUGCUCCUGGUUAUUUGUUGCUCGUGUGUUGCAAAAACGAUCUGUAUUGGUUUCUGUAAUCUCGUCACAGAGAUAAAGAAUGGUUUUGAGGCUCAAGGUUUUCACUUGAUAAUUUAAAUUCACUUGUACUCAAACCGGGUUCAAAAAUAUAACUUCCCGAGCUUUGGGGUGCAGGUUCACUUUUCCUUUUACAUUCUACUUUUGACAAGUUUUUGGAACUAGAUAUCGGAGCCUUAAAGAAUAUGUAAAUCCCAUAAUGAGAAUAUAUUGGGUCAGAUAUGGAAAGCUAGGAUUUGGUAUUUGUUGAA